AUGUUACUCUACCUUCUAUCGCGCAUAACAAGCGCGGUCGUCGCGUUCCUCUACCCAGGCUACGCGUCCUUCAAGUGCCUCAGCCAGCGCCCGGCAUCUGAAGCCGAACUUGAGCGCUGGCUCACAUACUGGUCCGUUCUUGGCUGCAUAGUCUUUGUCGAGUAUGUCGCAGAGUGGCUUGUCUCCUGGAUACCAUUCUACUACCCGAUCAAGACUUUAUUCCUCCUCUUUCUCGUUUUGCCCCAAACCCAAGGCUCAACCACCAUCUACCGCAUCUAUGUCGCGCCCUUCUUCUCCCUCCAUGAACCGCGCAUUGACGCAGCCCUGGGCGAACUCAAAGCCUACAUCCUGAACUUCCUCCAAUCCCGCCUCCGCCUCCUAUGGGACAACAUGUCAUCCUCAGCAAACGCCGCUCCACCUCCGGCAAACGCACCGCAACAGCCGACGAUGAGCGACCCUGUAUCCGGACCCACGAUGAUGCUGGGUGGAUUGUGGAGGACGUAUGGGCCUGCGAUCGUUGCAGGUGGCACAGCGCUGUUGAGCCAGCAGAAGGCGAAUACGAACGCUGGUAUUGCCACGCCUCCCGGUGGGCCGAGUAGGGUUGCGUCGGGCGUGCAGGGUGCGGGUCAGGAGGGGUACGACGUGGGUGGGAGAGGGUAUGAGGAGGUUGAGGUGCCGAGCGAUGCGGAGGACGAGCCGCCACGCAGUCGGGCUGGCGGUGGAGGUUGGUUCUGGGGAGGCGGAGCACAGGCUCAGGGAUACGAGCGCGUCAAGUCGGAUUGA